CUUCAGUGCUCACCUGUGCGCUAACUGUACGAGUAUAUUGUUUAAUAGGUAGCGCGCUUUGAAACAAUUCGUUUUUUGCGUUUCGGGUUUGUGGCUUUGUAACCUGCGCACGAAAGUUCCGGCUUUCUGAUUUCCAGUAUUUAUACGUCUGGGUUUCUGUUUAUUCAGCACUUCUUAGCUGUUGUCAUUGACGCUGAUUUCCGAUGUUGCCACGGCUCGAGCUCUGUGUUAUUCUUGACUUUUUCAAUGCAACAUCUGCUCGUACAGUGCGCGCUGACACUUUCCGGACUGACUAGCCUACUGCUUCCAUUAUCUUCCGCAUCAUGUAGUUACAAACCCCCAAAACGCGAUCAGGUUCUUCCGCCAGUUUCUCUGGAAUCCAGUCACAAUGUCAGCAAACGCAGCACACCGGAAUGGGGACAGUUACGGGUGUCGCUGCAUUAUGACGACAAAAGUUUGAAUGCCUUAUCUAACAGACAACAGCGACUAAUAAAGGAAGUCAUACUACCGCAAGCUGUAAAAUUUUGGAGUGAAGCUCUGAAAGUUGUGCGCAGUACCACCCCCAUUCGACUACACAGGAAAUGUUUAACCAACUCUGCUGGGGAAUACCGAGUGCAUUAUCCCGAUCCAUCGAACACAAACGUCUUUUACUGCGACCAAGGAUGUGACCCGAAAACAUUCUGUGGCGAUGUACCUGUGCCUGAUAAGCAUUUACUGCAAUGCUUGUACUUGGCAUCCAGUCCUUCGACAAUUUUUUCGGACCUGUUUCCCGUUUCCGUCACAACGAAGCAAGCUGUUGGACCACCAGAUGGGCCAGGCGUCGCCAGUGCAGAUUUUGUUCUCUAUGUGUCGACUCUUGAAACGGAAAGAUGCAAUGUUUCCAAGACGGUCGCCUAUGCCGCCCAUUGUCAACAGGAAAUGACGUACGACCGUCCUAUCGCUGGUCAUGCCAAUUUGUGCCCCCAUGCAAUCAGCGAUAAUCCAUCGGACAUUGAAACGAUCCUCUCCACUGUUAAACAUGAGAUUCUCCAUGCGCUUGGUUUCUCCGUGGCCCUGUUCGCUUUCUACCGCGACGAAAAUGGGUCUCCGCGAACCCCCAGGGACAAGUACGGGCGACCACAGUGGAAUUCAGAACUGAACACUUAUCAGUGGUCGGAUUCCACUAUUCGACAUAUCGAACGGCCUAAUUGGCAGGUACGAGGGGGAGAAAUUACACGUCCUAUGGAUCUGUUGGUAACGCCUCGUGUGACCGAGGAAGCGCGUAGGCAUUUUGGUUGUAACGAUCUGGAGGGGGCGGAAUUGGAGAAUCAAGGCGGUGAAGGCACGUUGUUGACCCAUUGGGAGAAAAGGGUGUUCGAAAAUGAGGCCAUGACCGGCGUUCACACGCAGAAUCCAGUGUAUUCUAAUAUCACCUUCGCUGCACUGGAAGAUUCAGGAUGGUAUCAGCCAAAUUACUCCCUAGCGAGAGAAGUGACGUUCGGUGCUGGUCAGGGUUGUGGGUUUGCUAUGAAGAGCUGUAAAUCGUGGAUGGACCAAGCGCUUCAAAAAAAGACAUCCGUGGCGCCAUAUUGUAACAGACUGAAGACAUCCUCAAAUAAUAUGGUGAAAACGGAGUGUAGUACACAACGAAAUGCAUUAUCCAUCUGUAAUUUGGCCGGUUAUUCAACGGAUCUACCUCCGGAGUAUCAGAAUUUCGAUUCGAUAUCCGGUGUUCCGGAUGACAUGGUUGGCCAUUACGGUGGCUCUGUUGAUCUGGCCGAUUAUUGUCCCUUCAUGCAGGAAUUCAGUUGGAAAAGUACAGCUGGCACUGUGAGAGGAGCACGAUGCACCGUAGAAGAGAAUCAACCUGAGCCUUCGAUGAAUUUUGCCCUGGAAAAGUAUGGGAAAGACAGCGUGUGUUUCGCCCAAGACAAGCCGUGGUCAGAACGAACAUGCGUGCUAACGCGGACGUGGCAACAUUGGGGGUCCGGUUGUUAUGAACACGCUUGUCAAAAUGGUCGCCUGCAUGUAAUUGUCGCUAAUCGGACGAUAAUCUGCUACUCCGAAGGCCAGCGUUUACAGCUACAAAUUCUUGGCAACGAGUGGCUGCACACUGGUACAGUUAUUUGUCCGGCUUGUGGACUGCUUUGCCCGGAUCGGGAUAAUUUCACAUGCUUACCGGACAUGCCUUUAAAGCGAGAUCAGAAGGAACGCGAAAGUUGGGACUAUUUGGAAUGCAACGCAGCCGCCAACAUGGUGUCCCUUCCGGAUCGCACUGCUUCGCCGAUGGUUGGUGAUGCUAUUCAGCCCCGUCGUAGUGCGCCGGUGAAUACCGUUCCUUUCCUGUCUGUUCUCAAUUGGCUGUGAUAAGAGCAUUUUGUGUCGGAUGAAACGUGUGACACAAUUUUGUCCCUUUGAGUUUAAUUCCGUUAGUUUUUUUGCCGUGUUUGAAGUUUUGGACUUAGCGCCGCAUGGAGAUUAUGGAUUUGAUAUACUGUUGUUUUUACUUUUAAUCGACCGGUUUUUGAAGUAUAAAGAUACUCUAGUUUUAGAAGGUUUUAUUUAGCAUUGUGCAUAGAAUUUUAGUUUUUGAGGUGAUGUUUUUUGGUAGCUACUGUUUUCGGUGUGCAGUUUUUGGUGAAUCUCUCGUAAUGUGAUCUGCAAAGCUUGAAAGCAACAAAACGACGUUUUUGG